CCCUCUCUUCUCUUCCACACAUUUUCUUUUGAAGGAAAAAACCCUCUCUCUCUCUCUUUUUUUUUCUUUCUCUUCAAAAGGGCUUGCCUCCAAAACAAAUAUAUAAAAAAACCUACAAAAAAAAACUGAAAAUAUUUAUAAAAAAACUUAUAAAUUUUAACGAUCAUGUCUUCUCCCGUUGCUGCCGUUGCGAACCCUACUCCUGCCGAAGCUCAGGCCGGUACUCAACAAUUGUCUGCUGAACAACAACAGCAGAUCGCUCAGGCCCAGGCUACUCCGGCACCUGCUGCUGGUUCUACCAACCCUGCUGUCGCCGCUCCUUCGCCAUCGGCUUCGCUUUACGUCGGUGAACUCGAUCCUUCUGUCACCGAAGCCAUGCUUUUCGAAAUGUUCAACAUGGUCGGUCCUGUUGCCAGCAUCCGUGUCUGCCGUGAUGCCGUCACCCGUCGCAGCUUGGGCUAUGCUUAUGUCAACUAUCACAACAUUGUCGAUGGUGAACGUGCUUUGGAAAGCUUGAACUACACUUUGGUCAAGGGCAGACCCUGUCGUAUCAUGUGGUCGCAGCGUGAUCCUUCGCUUCGCAAGACCGGUUCGGGCAACGUCUUCAUCAAGAACCUUGAUCCCUCCAUCGAUAACAAGGCUCUUCAUGAUACCUUUUCUGCCUUUGGUAACAUCUUGUCAUGCAAGAUCGCCUUGGAUGAGACUGGUAGCUCCAAGGGCUACGGUUUCGUUCACUACGAGACUGACGAGGCUGCCGUCAGUGCGAUCAAGCACGUCAACGGCAUGUUGUUGAACGACAAGAAGGUCUUUGUCGGUCACCACGUCCCUCGCAAGGAACGUCAGGCUAAGAUUGAGGAACUCAAAGCCAAGUUCACCAACGUGUACGUCAAGAACUUGGACACUGAAGUUUCGGACAAGGAGGUUGAGGAAAUGUUUGGCAAGUUCGGCCCCAUCACCUCGGCCGUGAUCCAAAAGGACGAGGAAGGCAAGUCCAAGGGCUUUGGUUUCGUCAACUUUGAGAACUUUGAGGAUGCCCGCAAGGCUGUCGCGGAAUUGCACGAGAAGGAACACAAGGGCAAGGUGUUGUUUGUUUCUCGUGCGCAGAAGAAGGCUGAGCGUGAGGAAGAAUUGAGAAGACAGUACGAGCAGGCCAAGUUGGAGAAGCUUGCCAAGUACCAGGGCGUCAACUUGUAUGUCAAGAACCUCGACGAUGACAUUGAUGAUGAAAAGUUGCGCCAGGAGUUCUCGGUCUACGGUGUCAUUACCUCUGCCAAGGUGAUGCGCGAUGACAAGGCUAACAGCAAGGGCUUUGGCUUUGUCUGCUUCUCCGAGCCCGAUGAGGCCACCCGUGCCAUCACUGAGGCCAACGGCCGUAUGAUUGGCUCCAAGCCUAUCUACGUUGCCUUGGCUCAGCGUAAGGAGGUCCGUCGUAGCCAGUUGGAGGCCCAGAUGGCCCAGCGCAACCAGAUGCGCAUGCAGCAGGCUGUUCCCAUCCCCGGUGGUCCUGGUUACAUGCCCGGCGCCCCCAUGUUCUAUGCUCCCCCCAACGGUUUCAUGCCUCAAGGCCAGCGUCCCGUGUUCCCACCUAACGGUCUGAUGCCCCGUCCUCGUUGGGCUCCUCAGCCCCAGCAGGGCCAGCAGAUGCCUGUGCCUGGCUAUCCCCAGGGUCCUCAAGGCUUCUCGCCCAACAACAUGCAAGGCCGUCCUCCUCGCCAGCCCCGUCCUGCUCGUGGCGGCGCUGCUAACCAGGCUGGUGGCCGUGCGCAAGCUGCUGGCCAGCGCAAGUUCUCGUCGCAAGGCCGCGGUAACGCCUCUGCUGCCACCGCCACUACCAACGGCACUGCUGCUCCUCAAGAACAGCAGCAGCAGCAACAACAACAGGCUAACGGCAACACUUUGACUGCUGCUUCUUUGGCCAAUGCUACCCCUGAAGUUCAGAAGCAGAUGCUUGGUGAGCGUUUGUACCCAUUGAUCCACGCUUCGCAGCCCGAUUACUCGGGAAAGAUCACCGGUAUGCUUUUGGAGAUGGACAACAGCGAGCUUUUGAACCUGUUGGAGGACCAAACUGCUUUGGAUGCCAAGAUCAGUGAAGCCAUGGAAGUCUUGAAGGCUCACUUGGCUGGCGCCGAAGACGAAAAGGCUGAAGCUACCAAGGCUUAAAUGGUUUUUUGUAUAAAAAAAAAUGCAGCCCUAAUUCGAAAAAAAUACUACACAUACAUAUUUUUUUUCCCCUUGAGAGACUGAGAGAAUCUUUUUUUCUUCCC